AUGGUGGGGUAUCCAGACACCUACAACAGUGGUAAAGAAAUGAGGACCAUUGACUUCUUCUGGACACUUACCAACCAUUUAAGUGUCUGGUUUGCCACCUGCCUCAGCAUUUUCUAUUUCUUCAAGAUAUCAACCUUCUUCCACCCUCUUUUCCUCUGAAUAAAGUGGAGAAUUGACAAGCUAAUUCUCAGGACUCUACUGGCAUGCGUGAUUCUCUCCCUGUGUUUUAGCCUCUCAGUCACUGAAAAUUUGAAUGAUGAUUUCAGACAUUGUGUCAAGACAAAGAAGAGAACAAACUCCACUUUGAGAUGCAAAGUAAAUAAAGCUGGUCAUGCUUCUGUCAAGGUAAAUCUCAACUUGGUCAUGCUAUUCCCCUUUUCUGUUUCCCUGGUCUCAUUUCUCCUCUUGAUCCUCUCCCUAUGGAGACACACCAAGCAGAUGCAACCCAAUGUAACAGGGUACAAAGAUCCCAGUACAACAGCUCAUGUGAAAGCCACAAAAGCAGUAAUUUCCUUCCUUGCCCUGUUUGUUGUCUACUGCCUGGCCUUUCUCAUAGCCACCUCCAGCUACCUUAUGCCAGAGAGUGCAUUAGUGGUAAUUUGGGAGGAGCUCAUAGCUCUAAUCUAUCCUUCAAGCCAUUCAUUUAUCCUGAUCCUGGGGAACAGUAAACUAAAACAGGCAUCCAUGAGGGUGCUUUGUAGAGUAAAGGCUAUGUUAAAGGGAAGAAAAUAUUAG